CGGGCGCAGCGGCGGCCCCGAGGCGGGAGGAUGCGGGCGGCGCCCGGCGCGCAGCCGGACCGGCCCUUCAAGCUCAGGAAGAGUCUCGCCACCCGGCGGGAAGAAGUAGCAGGGAUCCGAGCCAAGUUCCCGACAAAAAUCCCGGUAAUUGUUGAGAGAUACCAUAAAGAGAAAUACCUUCCUCUCUUGGACAAAACCAAAUUUCUGGUUCCCGAGGAGCUGACCAUGGCACAGUUCAUAACCAUCAUCAGAAGUAGGAUGGCUCUUACAGCUACACAAGCUUUCUACCUGCUGGUGAGCAACAAAAGCCUAGCCAGUAUGUCCUUGACAAUGGCAGAAGUGUACAGGGACUACAAAGAUGAAGAUGGCUUUGUGUAUAUGACCUACGCUUCCCAGGAGAUGUUUGGAUGCUUAUUACCCACUGCCCAAGGGAAAACUAUGGAAUGCUUUCAGAAAAUCUAAGAUUGGGUUCAUAUGCUGCAGCAAAGCAGUUUGCUCUGAAUCAUGCCUGUGACAUGAACCUCGGAGAUGCUCCUUCCAGUGUGAGCUCUUGAGCUCUGUAGUGGGAGUUAUGACCCAAAAGCUGGCAGGACCAGCUUAAGUCAGAAAUGGUGGUACACUUUCCCUAGGUAAUAAUUUGGAUAUAUAUUUUUAUAUUUGAAGACACUAUGGGUUAGGUUUUUUUCUUUUGAACUGCACCUCCACUGCUUUGCAAUAUCAGUCUGUGUUGUGAAACUGAUUUUUAAGGUUUCCUGAAAGCCUACGAGAAAAAUAAAGAACCUUUUAAGUA